GUGCCGAGCGGUUGAAUUUUUUUGUGAAUUUUUCUUUCGGUUUUUCGCCUUUUUGUUGAGUGUGGCAACAUUUUGCGUUUGUUGUGAUCGCGAAAUAGAAAAAUCAACCAGAAAAAAAACAACAAAAUAAAAGCCGGCCGGAAUAAGGAAGGCAGAUGGCCGUAAACACUCACAAGAUUCGCAACAGAGUGCAUUGCCUAUAAAGAGAGUUGCCUACUUUGGGGCUCUUGCAAUGGGUGGUUUGUCAGCUUCAGUUACGGAACCAGACAUGGAAUCGUCGCGUGCACAGGACGCGCCCCAGCCGCAGGAUAAUCUGCGCAUAUUUUUAAAGCAUUUGUAUGCCGAGUGCGUGUACAGAUACCAGAAUGACACAUACGACGACCCAUCGACAGAAUCAGCAACAGACUACGAGUCAGAUUUUCCGGAGAACUUCAGUCCUGUGCCGCGAUAUCUGGAAAAUGCUGCUUUAAACGAAGGUUCGAUUGACAUGCGGAACGUGGACGAAAAGAAGGCGGAAAGGGAGGAGCUGUUCGCCACCAUUCUCACGGCCACGAUGGCCACAAAUCAGAAUCAGGACGACCCAGCUGGCCAACGGAGUCCGGGGAGCAACAGCAGCAGUAGCAGACGCCUCUUCUGCCCCUUGGACUUUGACGGAUACCUCUGUUGGCCGAGAACUCCGGCCGGCACUGUGCUAAGUCAAUAUUGUCCCGAUUUCGUUGAGGGCUUUAACAGCAAAUUUCUGGCCCACAAGACCUGCCAAGAGAACGGCUCGUGGUACCGACAUCCGGAGACCAAUAAGACCUGGUCCAAUUACACCAACUGUGUCGACUACGUAGACUUCGAGUUUCGCCAGUUCAUCAACGAGCUGUACGUGAAGGGAUACGCCCUCUCCCUGCUGGCCCUGCUCAUAUCGAUUAUUAUUUUCCUGGGCUUCAAAUCCCUGCGCUGUACACGCAUUCGGAUACAUGUGCAUUUGUUUGCAUCGCUGGCCUGCACCUGUGUGGCCUGGAUUCUUUGGUACCGCCUCGUGGUGGAGCAACCUGAAAUCACAGCCGAGAAUCCGCUCUGGUGCAUCGUAUUGCAUCUGGUUGUGCACUAUUUCAUGCUGGUCAACUACUUCUGGAUGUUCUGCGAAGGCCUCCACCUGCACUUGGUGCUGGUUGUGGUCUUUGUCAAGGACACGAUUGUGAUGCGCUGGUUUAUCAUCAUCAGUUGGCUAUCGCCAGUUCACAUUGCCGUCGUCUACGGCCUGGCCAGGCACUUUAGCAGCCCAGACAAUGAACACUGCUGGAUCAAUGACAGUCUGUAUCUGUGGAUUUUCUCAGUGCCCAUAACUCUUUCCCUCUUGGCUAGUUUCAUUUUUCUCAUCAAUGUCCUGCGGGUAAUUGUGCGAAAACUUCACCCCCAGUCAGCCCAGCCGGCUCCCUUGGCCAUCCGGAAAGCGGUAAGGGCCACCAUUAUCCUGGUACCUCUGUUCGGACUGCAGCACUUCCUUCUACCAUAUCGUCCGGAUGCUGGAACCCAGCUGGAUCGCUUCUAUCAACUGCUCUCUGUGGUUCUGGUCAGUCUUCAGGGAUUCGUGGUUUCCUUCCUGUUUUGCUUUGCCAACCACGACGUCCUGUUCGCUGUAAGGACACUGCUAAACAAGUUGCUGCCCAGCUUGGUGUCUCCACCUCCGGCCGGGAGUAAUACUGGACAGAUGGCGACAACCACACCCAGCCGGGAACUGGGCGUUUAGAGUAUACCACCCGAAAAUAGAGCGAAAUCUGCAUCGCAUUGAAGAGCAGAGGUUUUGAAAACCUUGCCACAAGUACACUAAAAAAUAUACAAAAGUUUUCCAUAAAUACACCAACAGUAUUCCAACAGUGCCACAAACCAGAAUAAUUACAGCCUACACAGUACAACAACUACACACCUACUAACUGAUGAAACUCCAAUUAGUUGGGAAUCACAA